CAGCAGUUGUGGAUCACAAUUUUGACGCAAGAGGAAGGUCACAGACAGUAUGGCUUUAUAAAAGAACUGAAUGAAGGCAUUUUGACUGGAACCAGCUGGACGAGUUGAUCUGAAGAACCACUAUGGAGUACCUGCCUCUCUUCAUUGCCUAUAUGUCAGUGUGUCUGGGAUUCGCCAUCCUUUACUCGCUUGGAGAUCAACCCUUUAUGACAACUGGCUUUAUUGGGAAGUUGCGUCAACAUGCCUGGAGAACAGUCGAGUUGAUGAUUCCAAAAUCUCUGUGGAGGAUUGGUGCCAGCAUAAUUACCUCUCUUUUCUUCAAAAGAAACCGUACAUUCCAGAUGUUAUACCUCUUCAUGAACCUGUCCAGCCACGUUGUGCUGGUCGUGGACAUCCUCCCAUACCUAUACGUAUUCCAUCCCACCCAGAACCACACCCUUGCACCUCUGAUCCUCUUCAUCAUCGGCACCAUUCUCUAUAUCGUCUGCUGCAUCAGCGACCCUGGAGAAAUCAACCACAAGAAUUAUGCUCAGUACGUUGACAUGUAUAAAUAUGAUGGAGUGUUGUAUCAGGAGGACAAUGCCUGUCAGACAUGUGACUUCAUCAAGCCAGCAAGGUCCAAACAUUGCUCUACGUGCGAUAUAUGCAUCUUCAAGUUUGAUCACCAUUGUGUUUGGACUAAUCGAUGUGUGGGUGGACGGAACCAGCGAUACUUUCUCAUCUUCAUGGUCGCCCUGUGCAUGAUGGUUGGAAAUGGUGUCUAUAUGGCAUGUUGGGUCCUUCAUAACAUCACUGUCUACCAAAACCUGUGGAGUGCAAAAUAUGUGGAUCAUAAUGGCGUUGCUCGAGAUAUGACCCUUGUUUUACUUGUACAGCAUCUGUUCAUGCAGUUUCCCAGGAUUGUAUUUCUAGCCACCGGGAUGGGUGCCAUUGCAGCUCUGCUCAUUGGUUUCACGAUCUACCACUUCUACCUAGCUGUCUUUAACCAGACGACGAAUGAACGUUACAAGCGCUUUUACCUUGCCUCGAGGAAGGGAUCUGUUGAUUCUGUGAAUGUGUAUGACCGGGGCCUCACCAAUAACCUCCUGGAGGUGCUAUCCCCCAUGCAGCAUGUUAGUAAACAGGAAAAGAAGAAUAACAAUGUCAUUCAUGAACCAAAAAUUAAGAAACGAUGAAAGGAAGAGCCUUGGAUAAGAAUUCAGAUGUAGAGGUUGUGCUGAUGCCCGUUGUGAAGUGUAACAUCAACGAAGACAUUGUCUACACAUGGCAAACCUUGUCAGGAAUGUCAGUUGGGUCGUGACAAUGACAUCACUGCAUUGUCGCUGUAGAAAUAUUAUGUCUUCAGAGUUGAUAGCUCACCCAGUUAGUUAAAAGAACCACAAGCUGUCCGUUCUCAUAGCCUGUUCAAAAUCUUUUGCGUUACCGGGUACUGAUGAACUGGCACCUCUCUUGUGGCAAGUUUGCCGGUUCUUCCUCCUUGUACCUGACCGUGCUUGACAUUCAAGGAUACAUGUUCUAGGCUCCCAUAGCAUUCAUUUCCAAGACUAUGCAUAUUUGUGAAGACACAAGUAUUCUCACUAGUAGAUCUUGUCUCAUAGCCAGUUCAAGCUCAUUUUUGUUACCAAUGUCACUGCCUUUAAAUCAAAAGCACUUUUAGAUGAUCAAUUUUGACUGAGGUCGUAAAUCAUUUUUUGACAAACAUGUACAAAUGCAUGCUUCUGUUUUCUCUGCCAGGCUUUCUCCUCUUACUGUUGGGGGAGGUGGGCUGGAAUAAUGAGAAUAGACCAUCAGGUAAUUAAGUGUUAGUGUACAUGGAUAAUUGUGAUAUGUUGUUACUAGAGCUGUUGUAAAUAUAUAUCUGGAGUAAAUAUAAAAUUACAAUGAUGUUGUCCAAUAGAUAAGAUUGAAACUGUUCCGGUACUUUUCGUAUUGAUUUUGUAAGUACCUGUUAGUUAGCCUCUUAAUGUUUUAAAAUAAGUGAUUGGGAUUUGUCAUUGACUCUGUGUCGAAGGCCUACAAAUGUAAGUGCAAAAUCUCAAAUUCAAUAUCAAAUUUUGGACGAACCAACUUGGUCUUUAUUACUUGAUUUGAUAUAGAGGUGUUGUGAAACCCAGUUGACUUGUGUAAUGCGUAUUGACAGCGUCUUGCUGAGAGUCGCAUUAAUUUAUUUACUGAUUUAUCAACGAACAACCGAGCAAGUGGUUUGUUGCUGCCAUUCUAUAAGUGCAAAUUACACAGUGUGAAUUCAGAAAUAUUUGUAAUAAUUGAUAAUUUUUAGAAUGUUUAGAAUGUAUACUGGUAGGGAAUAAUCAGUGGGUAAUCUAGUGCCUUGAUCAUGUUAUAUUACGAGUAACUGUUUGCCAUUUACUCGGUUCAAGAUAUUUGUUUAUUAUUGUUUGUUCCUACUGCCUGCCGCCUUUAACUGGUUGUGUCAGUUUUUAAAACAGAGCUUAUUCAGUUGUCACGUGUACUAAGGUACUUUUAAAAAAAGGAUCUUUUGGCGUCUUGGUGGAUGACUGUUGUUGUUUUCUCUUCAUAAAGAGUUGUUCUUUUUAUUUUUCAUUGUGAAAAAUGUAAUAAUUUAUAAAGUUAUUAUCUUUUUCUUUGUUACAUUAUAGGCUUCUGUGAUUUUAUGUACACACAUUAUCAGUAUUUUCCUGGUUUGGGGGGAUUUGCAUCAAUUCCUUUAUUAACCUUCCUUGAUUUAUGCCUUGAUUUUAGUGAUACUACAUGUAUCCGUCUCGGUUUUAGCCAGAAUGUUCCUGACAAUAAUUCAUGUCAAAAAGCUCCUCCAAAGGUACUGUAUUAUUAUUGAUAUAAAGAUUAUUUAGGUAAAAUCAAUUUCUGUUAUGGUUGCUGUCGAUUUUGAUGUUAACUGUUUUGUAAUAGUUGCUAUUUAUUGGUUCCAAGUAAUCAUGGAAUUAAAUGUGACGGUAUUUUGUAUGCAUCUCUUUAAGAUGACAGGUAAAUGAGUAAUUUUUUCAUGAGCCAUGGUAUUUCCCCUAUUCUAGUAACUCCAGACACACAGAGCUUUUAUAUACCAUGCUAUAACUGUCCAUUGCUUGAAUUUAUAGACUUUUUCACGGUUGUGUUGUGGCUGUCUAGUCUGUAGUGUUUGCAACUAGAGGAGCCACCUUCCUUGUUACUAGUGUGAAAUAUUCACUGCACUACUCUAUGUAUGCUUGCCAUUAUAUCAUACUCAACUAUGUGUUAUAUGAUAUUAUAUCUGUACGACUUAGGCUACUGAAGAAAAUAUGCUAUUAAUAUAUCUUAACAUCGGCUAUACUGCGUGUUCCAGAAAAGUAUCUGCACUGAUUUAUUGAGUUGAUGUUUUUUGGAACAUUCUUUAGAACCCCUACUUCCCUUCCUAAGCGGUAAGAACGCCACUGUGUUUACUUAGUUAUUUUGUCGACAUUAUGUAUAGGGCAUAUAACUGCAUCUAACCUUGCUUCAUGUUACAGAAAACUUACGAGUCCAGCUUUUAAACAAACUAUCAAUGGCAUUCUAAUCUUACAUAUGAAGCAUCUUAACUUGGUUACCUGUCUCCCUAUCCCUGAAGACCUUGUUCGGUUUGAUUCGAUCAGGUGUCUUGGUCAUUUCUGUUGUGAACGUUGACUUUGUUUUCUUUGCAGUUGCGUCUUACACUAGAGACAUACCAGUAAUUGUUUACAUAUAUAAACAUGGUGCUGUAUAGAAUGAAGAAAGCUCAAUUUACAUAUUGGUAGACCUAGCGUAUUUAGUCCAUCUGUGAUAUAACCUCAAUAUCUACCUAUCACAAACCUAGAUCCUUUUUUCUUCCUAUUGCAAUGAGAGUCAAAUGCCUUGUGAACUUGACCAGAGAAGAGCGAAGUCUACAAAUAAGUCAGUUGUGCACUGUAGCCCAGGAGUCAUGAUCAUUCACCAGAUUCCUCAAGCAAGCAUAUGAGACUUCCCCUCGUGUAUUGACCAGUUGAUACACUUAUCAUGCUUGUGUGGCUCAGAAAGCCUGGGCCAUAGGGCUCACGUUGGUCAAUAUCUGACUCUGAGCAGAACUCUCAUAUAUAGUCUUGCUUGUGGCAAAUAAUGAAUUGAAACACAUCUAUCUGUGUUGCCUAAUUUCAUCUCUUGAACUUGUGGUUGUUCUUAGGAAAUAUAGCUAGGUUUGUGAUGUGGUGGAUGAAUGUAAAAGCUACUGGUUUAAUACACCCAUUGGUCAAACUUUGACUUGGUAGAUGUAAGUGGUGUUUAUAUGUCAAAUAAAUGUUGUGUUGACUAUCAAUUUGAUCUAGCCGUGAGAGUAUUAAAAACUUCCUGUAUUGGUCAGCGCAAGCUCCGAUAUUCCUGAACUGUAAACAUGGCAUAUGUAAAAUUUAGUAUUCACUUUCACUGUACAUGUAUAUCCUUUGUCUCCCAGCAGAGUGACUCGGGUCAAAUUGAGUUAGUUUUCCGAAAUUGCCUGUUUCGGAUGGGGUCGAGUUUAAAUGGCCAUUUAGAGACCAGAUAGGUGUGGUGUGCUUGGCAGUAGUUCGUAUCACUCCUUUAUUUUUACAAGCUUUGUGUAAGCUAGUCAAAACCACGAAAAAUCAAUGGGGCAAAAAUUAUCAAUGUAAUAGAUUUAUCAUAAGUUCAUGAUUUCACUGAAGUCAACUGCCAAAAUUGGUUUUACUUGUAUCCAUUGUGUGUGUAAUCCUGUCGUCUCAAUAAAACCAAGUCUUGUA